AUAUUCGCAUUAGUUUCGUCACUGGCAUCGCGCCGAGCCGAGCAACGCAAACACAGAGAUACACGUUCCCGAAAAAUGGCUUCGAAGGGCCCAGGACCGGCGUUAGAUUCUGAUUGCAUGACCUUGACCAGAUUUGUCCUGGCCGAACAAAAGAAAAUACCGUCCGCCACCGGUGACCUAAGUCAGCUCUUGAAUAGCAUACAGACGACUGUGAGGGCGAUCAGCUCCGCGGUCAGGAAAGCCGGUAUCGCCAAUAUGUACGGCAUAGCUGGGUCCACGAACGUCCAAGGGGAGCAGGUGAGAAAGCUGGACAUGUUUAGCAACGACCUGUUCAUAAACAUGUUAACGUCUUCGUUCACGAGCUGCGUCCUCGUGAGCGAGGAGAACCCGAACGCGAUCGAGGUGGAGAUCGAGAAACAGGGGAAAUACAUAAUUUGCUUCGAUCCGUUGGACGGAUCGUCGAACAUCGAUUGUCUGGUGACGGUCGGAUCGAUUUUCGGAAUCUACAAGAAACCAGAGCCGACGAAAUCGCCAUUGGUGGCGAACGCUCUGCAACCAGGUAGAAAUUUAAUCGCUGCUGGAUACGCGGUAUACGGUUCCGCGACCAUGAUCGUGCUGUCGAUUGGCCGCGGGGUGAACGGGUUCACUUAUGAUCCUGCGAUUGGCGAAUUUAUUUUAACCGACAGGAACAUGAGGGUUCCCCCUAAAGGAGAAAUAUACAGCAUAAACGAGGGCCUCGAGAGCCAAUUGGAGGCACCCAUCAAAGAGUACGUUCACUCGAAAAAGUAUCCAGCUACUGGAAAACCCUAUAGCUUGAGAUACGUGGGCUCCAUGGUGGCCGACGUUCACAGGACUAUUAAGUAUGGCGGAAUAUUCAUGUAUCCGGCGACCAAAACUAAUCCAUCCGGCAAGCUCCGACUGUUGUACGAGUGCGCCCCCUUAGCGUACAUAAUAAGGGAAGCGGGCGGCAUGUCGUCGAACGGGGAGAUCGACAUUCUGGACAUUGUGCCGGAGAAAAUUCACCAACGAUCGCCUUGUUUCCUGGGCUCGAAAGAGGACGUGGAGGAACUUUUGCGUUUCAUCGGGAAGAGCAAGACCGCGUGAAAUAACCAUAGAAAAAAGAAUAGUGCAAUUUCUACUGCGAAUGUUUUACAAACUCUUCGUAUAUCAUCGAGAUCGAACAAAUACAAGUUUGUGUAAACUGUCGAGUCAACAUCAAAAAUUAAGUCAUUAAACACGACGCUCAUCCGAAUCGAUGAUGAACGUUACACGUCAGGA